AUGCUACGAGCCACAAUCUUUAUCGGACUGAUACUACUUGCCGGUGUUUGGCCAAGCUUGGGGGAGGAAUCCCAGCUUAGAGGAGCAGCGGCAAGAGUUUUCAGUCGAAGGAGAAGAGCAGUUCUAUUUCCACCUGGUUCAUUUGUAAAGUUCACCUGCUCCUUUGCCACUGGCUUGCUGGCAACCUAUCCCAAGGGUAUAUCCUUUGUCCUGGAGGAGGCAGUCUACUUUCCGGUACCAGGAGCUGUAGAUGAUAUUUAUCCCAAAAGGUUUUUGCCAAAGACCACCACCAAGAAGCCGGAGAAGCUACCAGAUACAUAUGUGUAUAUACCCGGCACCGAUUGGCGCUUCAAGGCCCAGACUCUGCCCAAGCCCAAGUGGAGACAGCCGCCUCCAAAGACCCAUCGCAUUGAUGAUGAUAGUUAUGUGAAUCCUUACAAAUGGCAGCAAUGGAAUCAGAAACAGAAGUGGAGCAAGUGGAAAGAGAUAGAUCAAACUAAGGCCAAAUGGUCGAAAUGGACUACACCUUCACCAAAGUGGAAGAACCACAGUACAGCCUGGCAGUCCCACCAUUACUACGGACAUCGCGAUCGCCGAGCACUGUUUGAUCACUUCAUCAAGCUGAGUUCACUCCUCGGCAUUGAUGUCAAGUCCUGCAUAUUGCGUACUAUCUGUGAUAGCAAACGAUUGUUGUUGCCACCAGGGUAUUCCAUGUUUCAGGACAUGCUGCGUGUGGUUUUCACUAUGCCUCGUUUGGAUGGCUUGGAGGAUGAAUAUACUAGUAUUAUGGACAGGGGAGCAGAUGAUUGUGCCUCGGAGUUGAAAAGCAAUUGUAAUAUGAAUUUAUUGAUUUGGUUGCUAAGUGGCAGAGUUGAAUAA